UGUAAACUUGCGGUGCCGCGCAUGAGAGGGCGGUCUUCCGCGCAUGCGCAGUGUGAGGCUGUAAAAUCCCCAGCGCUUAAAGCUGUGUCGUGCGUUUGUUGUGUCUGUCGGAGCUUCUGGUUGACGUCUGGACGAUGGCUCUGAUCUCAUUCGAGGAUCUGGAGGGAUUGGACGACGAGCAGGUGGACGAUGAUGUCACUGACAGCUCUGAGCCAAUGGAUGACGAGGAGCAGGACAGAAUGUACGCCCACUGGCAGGCGGUGGGACGAACGCAUCACGUGGCGGUUCCUACAGAGAUGAGAGCACCAAUAGAAGAGAUGACGAGGAGGAACCAGAGCGCAGAGCGAGAGCAAGUGCCUUUUGUCACCAUCUCCAGACAUGAAAAGCUCGGCGAGGUGUUGUAUGAAGAGCGUGUGUAUCCUCCUGGGAAAUGGGCUUGUGUGAGUAAAGCAGACGCGCUGUAUGAGCAGAGCAUCUCCAACGGCUUCAUGAAACUCAUGCGCUUCAUCUGCAAGGAGAAUUCAACAGGCCGGUACCUCGGCAUGUCUGUGCCUGUAGUGAACGAGAUCACGAUGGCGGACGAUGGCACAAACUUCAUGAAGGACGUGCUGACGGCGUAUUACCUGCCCGCAGAGUACCAGGACGUCCCACCACAGCCCACAGACCCCGACAUACGCAUCAUUCAGAGGGACAGCAUCAGGGUCAUCACCAGGGUGUUUUACGGGACCACGACGGAGGAGACCAUCUCUCGUCAAAUCAGCAACCUGUGGGAGCUCCUGGGCAACUCUGAGGAUCUCCUGCGGGACCGCUACAUGAUCGCAGUUUACGAAAACCCCGGCGUCCCACAGCGCAGAAACGAAAUCUGGUUCAUCCGCCGAGGCCCGUGAACACACCACGGCGUUUCACAGUCUUAACCGCUCUAUCCUUUAGUGUUGUUGUGAGUGUGAUGCUGAAAAACAUGUCGGUGAGUAAAGAAACCACAGUUAUUUACAUCAUAGAUAUGAUUAUAAAUAUUGAUGAUGCACUAUAAACGGGAUGGAGGAUUCAUGCUGGCAUUAUUUUAAGCGUAUUCAAAUAUUCAUCACACUUUCUUGUGUUUUUUUUAUUAUUUUCAUCUAAAUGGAAAUGUUUUACACUGCCUGAAGUUGUAUUUUUAUUUCUGUUCCUUAAAGGUUUUUCAUAGCACUCUAUCAUGGCAUUUUCUGCAGUUAUUUGGAUGUUAUUAUAUUAAUGACUGCAAACUUAAACUCACUCAAUGGCAUUUUUAUUAAAUAUAUUCUGUAUAUUGAUGAAGAAUAGUUCAACUGGAUAAACAAAAUAUAUAUAUUUUCACUCUUUGUGUGUGUCAGUAGUCAUUUAAAGAGACUGUUCACCCUAAAAUGACAAUUUACUCACUAUGUACUGUCCUUCUAAUUGGUAUAUGAGUUUCUUUCAUCUGUCAAACACAAAAGAAGAUAUUUUGAAGAAUGUUGGAAACCGGUAACCAUUGACUUUCAUAGUAGGAAAACAAAUACUAUGGAAGUCAAUGGUUACCGGCUUCCAGCAUUCAUUCAUUCUCCUUUAGCUUAGUCCCUUAUUUAUCAGGGGUCACCACAGUGGAAUGAACCAGCAACUAUUCCAGCAUAUGUUUUACACAGCCCUUCCAGCUGCAACCCAGUACUGGAAAACACCCAUUUUAGCAUAACCAAUUUAGUUAAUCAAUUCCUCUAUACCACAUAUGUUUGGACUGUGGGGGAAACCGAAGUACCUGGAGGAAACCCACGCCAACAUGGCGAAAACAUGCAAGCCCCACACACAAAUGCCAACUGGUCCAGCCGGGACUCGAACCAGUGGACUUCUUGCAGUGAGGCCACAGUGCUAACCACUGAGCCAUGGUGCUGCCCAGCUUCUUCAAAAUAUCUGCUUUUGUGUUCAACAGAAGAAAUAGAUUACGGUAUUAAAUUUUGGGUGAACUGACCCUUUAAAUUGUUUGUUGGGAGUCUUGUAUUUUGUAUUUUUAUGUGAUCAAACCAUGUUUAUCUGACAAUCAUCACUCAGAGCCUUUGUGUCUCUGAAACUCAUUUUUAUCUUUGUGGGCAGAUCAGACUCAUACGUAGAUGUUCAUGAUGUUGCUUGCUAGAGAAAGGUUUUUACAGGUAUGAUGGGAAUUCACAAUUAUGGAAUAGUGAAACACCACGGUUUCUGCUCCAAAUCAAUGGGACCAGAUGAUGAUGAAAUCUAGAAGUGUGUGUUUUUGGGCAAAAAUAUAUGAGGAUACACUGCAAAGAAAUGAGUUUUUGUCUUGUUUCAAGUUCAAAUAUCUAAAACUCCUUAAAUCAAGAAGCAUUUUUUAGAAAAAUUAAAUUAUAAAUAUACAGUUGAAGUCACAAUUAUUAGCCCCCUGAAUUAUUAGCCCCCUGAAUUAUUAGCCCCCGUUUAUUUUUUUUUCUCAAUUUCUGUUUAAUGGAGAGCAGAUUUUUUUCAAUGUAGCGAAUUUUGACGCUCACCUCUGGAGCUGUGAAGGCAGACAUUGUUGUCGCCAGAGCGGCCUCAGCAAACCAUGACACUCUCAUCGCCUUCGGUGUGAACGCAGUUACAACAAACAUAUACACAACAAUUGACGAUACGAUAUACGAACAAUACUCACUGAAGUAAAAUAAUAUUAGAUAAAUACAAUAAAUAAUAAUAUUUAUUUUCCUUCAACUUAGUCCCUUAUUCAUCAGAGGUCGCCACAGCGGAAUGAACCGCCAACUAUUCCAACAAAUGUUUUACACAUCGGAUGCCCUUCCAGCCGCAACCCUGUACUGUGAAACACCCAUACACUCUCACAUUCUCUCACACACACACACACACACACACACACACACACUCAUACACUACAGCCAAUUUAGUUAAUCAAUUCCCCUAUAGCUAGGGUCAGAUGGAAUCUGCAGACGUUUUUUGCUGUUUCUGCAGAGAUUUUUGGUAAAAAUCUGUGUAAUUAUUUUGGGAGUAUCAUUACUAAAACCUUAAUAUGUGAAAUAAAAAGUAAUAUCUUUGUAACUUUUAUUUAAUGUUUAAAACGCAAAUACAAUUAGAUUCACAUUAUUUGGUAAACAAAGCAAGUCUCUCAUAUAAUAUCUACUCAAAGACAGAAAAUAUUACUGUACAAACUGCAUUGUACAUAAAUCAGAUGAACAUCUUCAUAUUAGUCAAUAAUAUUACUGUAAUUAAUUUAAAAACUGAAUAAAUAUAGAUUUACACACAUUUACUCAAGUAAAUAAACAGAAUUAACGAUGGGCUAAAAACCUGCUGAAUUCUGCGGAAAAUCUGUGGAAUUCUGCACGCGCAGAUUCCAUGUGGGCCUACCUAUAGCGCAUGUCUUUGGACUGUGGGGGAAACCGGAGCACCUAGAGGAAUCCCAUUCGAACACGGGGAGAAAAUGCAAACGCCAACUGACCCAGCCGGGACUUGAACUAGUGUCCUUCUGUGCUGUGCUUUUAGCCGUCUCAAAACCAGUAAUGCCUAGAACUACAUUAAGGAGAUCUGGAUCUAUUGGCUUUUGUCAUGGUCUUGAAAAUGUUAGCAAAAUGUUUUCCCUAAAAUUGACUUUAAAUGAAAACAGCACCGUUUACAGGGUGCCCGCAGGGUCUUAAAAAGUAUUAAAAGUUGAUUAAUCAAUGUAGAGAAAUUUAAGGCACUUAAAAAGUAUUACAAAGUCUUAAAUGCUAUUUUGCAAGGUAUUAGAUGUUAUAUAAUUUUUGAUUAUGCAAUGUAUAGUUGUAUGCUUAAGUUGGCCUGAAUUAAAUCUGCGAAUAUCAUGAUGCUGUGUAGCUCAUGAAAUCAAUGAAUUCCCACUAGAUUUGACAUCAUGCUGCUUUGUUUACUGCAGUAAUCAAGGAAACACCCUCAUUUCUGCAAUUCUAUAGACGCCAACCUGCUGAAUUAGCUAGAUUUAAUAGAUUUUUACUCAGUAUAUGAAUAAUGUUUUAGUUUUGGAUUAGUUUCUUACAUUAAUAUUUAGUAAAUAUACUGCAAGUUAAAAUCUCACCAGUGUUUCCGGUUGAAAAGGGGUUUUAAAAUGUAUGGAAAGAGUUAUAAAAAAGGUCUUAAAAGGCAUUGAAUUUCACUCUCCGGUUCCUGUAUACACUCCUGGUUUUUGUUUGCUUGUCUGUAAAAUGCUUUUUUAGAUAUUUAGACUAGAAACGAGACAAACUCUUAUUUUGCGGUCUAAAUCUGCAUCCAGCAUCAGUGCAUUUUGACUUGUGUUUGAUGUACGAACAUGUAAACCAUCGGGCGACUCUUUUAAAGCACUGUUUGAUUAUUGUUGAACAUGAUUCCUUGCUUUUGUGACAUUUAACGGCUUAGGUUGUACUUGCUUGUCACAGUAUUUUAAAACCUGCACUCCCCUUCGGCGUCUGUAAUAAUACUAAUAAUAAAGUUUAUUUAUAGAGCGUCUGGCGUAUGAACUGUACCUUGACGUGCUUUCAGACGAGUCAACAGUUGAGUAAAUGUAUGCAAAUAAACAAAAAAUGUGUUUGAAAAAUAAAAA